AGUCAAGGUGACUGCUGACUGCAAGAAAGAAUGAAUUGAAUAUGACAUAAUGACUUAUUGCAUUUAUUGCGACUAAUUACGAGGAGUCAGUUGUUGUUUAAACCGUAUUUCCCUUACUUCAGAUUCAAUUUUAUUUUCGAUAUCGUCAUUGGUAACGUAUCCAAGCGAUGGCUUUGCCCUUGCCUAUACCUCCGUGUGCAAACAGGGAUGGCCUAAGUGGCUUAAGUUGUGAACAUUUUGAGUAUGCCAGUACUAUGGCAACAACAUUGCUAGCACCGGUCAAAACAGAACGCCAAAUCCUUGAACAUUCUAUGUCGGAAGAUGACCCAAAUGCCAAUAUACAAUUACCUAGUGUGGUAGGCAAGCAGCCUCGCUGGGGUCCGCGACAUCGUGGAGCUCAAGAAUUAGCAGAACUUUAUAGUCCAGGCAAAAGACUACAAGAGUGGGUCUGUGUGGUGGUUUGUUGCACAUUGUGUGUCUGUGCUGGUGUUCUGAUGGCCAGACACGUACAAGCGGAUGCCUCGUUAUUUUUAGCAGCAAUUUCUGGUGUAUUAACAGCAGAUUUUGCUUCAGGAGUAGUGCAUUGGGCUGCUGACACUUGGGGAGCUGUUGAUCUUCCUAUUAUAGGCAAAAAUUUUCUGCGCCCAUUCCGUGAACAUCAUAUUGACCCAACAUCCAUUACUCGACAUGAUUUUAUCGAAACGAAUGGUGACAACUUUGCCAUAACCAUACCUGUCUUAGCAAGAAUUGUAUGGCAGCUGCUCACCUAUGAGGAUGAAAGCAUCGAAGCACAAUUCCACUGGAUUGCUUAUUGGUACUUGUGUUGUAUCUUUGUAGCAAUGACUAAUCAGAUUCACAAAUGGUCUCAUACAUAUUUUGGCCUACCUAUGUGGGUGGUGUGGUUACAAGAAUGGCACAUAGUGUUGCCGCGUCGUCAUCAUCGAAUUCACCACGUAGCGCCGCACGAGACUUACUUUUGCAUCACCACCGGUUGGCUCAACUGGCCUUUAGAAAUGCUUCACUUUUGGUCCACUCUAGAGACCAUUAUAGAAUCACUCACUGGUUGUAAACCGCGAGCUGACGAUAUGAAGUGGGCUCAAAAACGUUCCUAGAAUAUAGGAUGUAUUCAUAGAACGUUAUCGCUACCUAAAUUUUUAUACUAACACGUCCACAUCUACUGAAUCAAUUAAUAAGAAUAGGUUUAAUACUUUGUUAAGAUGAAAGCAAAUUGUGAAAUACGUACCUUAAUUAAGUGGCUUAUUAAAUAAUUGCAAAAUAAACAUUUUAUUAUACGUCACACGAUUUCCAGUUAUAUUUUUCUACAAGAUUUGUUAUUUUAUAAAUUAUAUACUACGAUAAUUAUGCAAACUCGAAGUAAGCAUUUAUGUUAAAAAAAUUUUAGGCCAGGGUAGAUCCCUUUUGAAUUUGCAAAUCUUAUUAUCACAACUUUUUUUACUUUUUCCGUACUCCAAGUACUACUAAUAAUAAUUUUGUCAGAAAUUGAAACAAACCGUUUCUUCCCUCGACUGGUCCUCGAUCGCCCUUAAAUUAUUUUUCUGCCGUAGUCUCAUUCCUUUCCAAUCUUCCUUUGCAAUCUUUGCUUCUUACUAUGUAAUUAAAAGUGGUUCUUACCAUUUUCAAAGGCAUCCGGCACUGGCUUAUUUGAAUAUUUUCACUGACCGGUUUUAAUCAAAUAACACGAUGGUGAGUUUUUCGAUCGAUCAUGGUGCAAUACAUAACCCCCACAUGCAACAAAUACCCCAGACAAGGAGACCAUCUCCUUCUAUUAAAUAAGUCUCGUCCUCGUAUUAAAUAAGGCUGUUGGACCCAGCAAUCAUUUGUGGACCUUUUUUAGUACCUAAUACUCAACAUCCGCCCGUAGUUUCAUCCGCGUCCCAAGGGAACUACCAACCUUCACUAUGGCCUUUUCGCAUGCGUGUCAUGGCAUAGCCGCCCUAACGUAUAACAAAGUAUGAUUGUAUAAACUACAUAGAGAGCAUUCACAGGUGCAUGUGAAAAGGGCCUAGGGAUUAAGUUUGAUCGCAUUUCAGGUAAUUUCGUUCAGCCGUUAAAGUGAUUGAGGAACAAACACUAAAACCCGCUAACUUUCACGUUCAUAAGUAGGAUUAUGAACUCAAAGUCAGUCUAAUGAGGGGGAUUUAUUAAUUUAUUUUAACGUAAUGUUUAAUUGUGAUAGUAGCACUUAUUGCCAAAGAGUAUAUUAAGUAUUUUCUUUUCACUCUAUCAUAAUGUAUAAAAUCCUUGACAUGAUUAUCUUUAGUUCUAAAGGUGUGUUAAUCUUGUCAUGAUAUCGAGUACCUACCUACUCUAUAAUAAUUGAAUCUCCUAAAGUCAUAUGUCCCAAGUUUUGUAUUAAAUAAAUGUGCAUUAUUCCGAAUGUUUAUUUAUAGGUAAUGUUAUUUUCGUCCUAAAACAUUGCUAAAAAUUUGUUUUACUGACAGACACAAAUCAUUGUAAAUCCGACUCCACGCAGUCUUGUCUGCGACAAGAGAACGUAAUUCAAAACCGUGUAGGCGCGGAUGUGGACCGAGACUUGGGGAGCAGGUGGUUGUAGCACACCGCUGCGGUGAUGAGCGUUAAAACCAUCUGCGACGAUAAACUCGUGUUGGUUCGCCGGAGCCGUGCGUGACAGAAAUCAUGAAUGCUGCAUGUCGCAUGCAAUCAUAUAAUUAGAAUUUAGGAAUUUGAAAACGGUUUUAUUUAUGAUAUACGGAUUUAGGACAUACUUAGAAAUUUCAAUUUUAUAGUGUGUAAUAUUAGGUAAAUUCGGACAAAUGAUGACCAGGACAAAAAGUUAUGGCACUUAGGCACUUAGAUAAAAAAGUUAGGUGACACAAUAAAGCUCUUAAUUCGCAUA